CUUAUCAUACUUGUAUGCUUCCAGUUCAAGCAUCUGAUUUGGGAACCCUUUUUUGCAAUGGAAUUUGGCUUUGCUUGGCUGCCAGAGGGAGCCCCUGAGGAUCUUCUACGAAUCGCUCUCCAAGCAGAUCCCAUCCAGCGACAUGGCCGAAUUCUGGUUAAUGGAGCAUGGGCUGUUAUCUCCGGAGAGAGCCAAGAAAGCCUAUGACAGAAAGCUCAAACGGCAGCAGCAGAUCAAAUCAGGGACCCCCAUCAAGUCGCCAAAUUCCACCACUGUCACCAAACACAAACCUGCAGAGAGCUGGAAGAAACCGGUACCACUGGUUUCUUCUUCUUCCACAGCGCGUCACAACACAGAUCAUUCCGCCGCCAAGGCCAAGAGAAGAGUUGAGUAUAGCAGCGACGAUGACCACGACGACAAAGAAUUCGUUGUCAAGCUCAAGAGACCCAAUUUCAACUCCAACUCCAAUUCCAAUUCCGGGGGUGGCUGAACAACUCCUCAACAUUGAUGAAUGGGCCCGUCUGUCUGUUUGUUUCUUUCCAGCUAAGCACAUAUCCUACUACAUGGAUCAAGCAAUACCAUCUCAGAUUCAGACUCAGAUCACUAACUCGACUUUUAUUUAUUUUGUUUUUCACCCUACAAGUACAACAAUGAAUUGGCUCUUCUGACUACAUACAUAUAUAUGCCUGUCUGUGUAUUUGAGUUCAGAGACAAGAUAGACAUUUACUACCUUUUUGUUGUAAGCAAUGCCUGGUGAAAAUAAUGAAUGAAUAAAUGAACACAUUUAGUAA